GUUUCAUAUAAAACCAUGAUUGGCUUACAUUUUCAAUAUAGUAAUUAUUGUGCAGAGUUAGUCGCAGUAAGACGAAGUUCUUGUGAUUGUGGACUUGAUUGGACAGCAAACAUGAUGACUCUAAUAUGGCUUGGGAUCCUGUUGCUGGCACUCAUCCAGUACAUAUGGAAGACCUACUCUAGAUAUGAUGGCACCGGGGUGAAUUACUUAAAGCCACUACCGAUUGUGGGUAAUGUGGGUAUGAUGUUUCUAGGCAAGAGACAUCAGGCCCAGGAUCUGGAUCUGUUAUACACCAGCUUUCCUGACGACAGGUUUGUCGGAAGAUACGAGAUGAUGCAGUCAAUAAUCCUUCUCCGAGAACUGGAGUUGAUAAAAAAAGUUACAAUAAAGGACAGUGAGCAUUUCAUCGACCACACAUCUCUAAUUGACAGCAGUGUCGACAGCAUCUUCGGCAGAAUCUUGUUUUCAUUAAAUGGUCAAGAAUGGAAGGAUAUGCGUUCCACGUUGAGUCCCGCGUUCACCAGCUCGAAGAUGCGCGGCAUGGUGCCCUUCAUGAUCGAUGUUAACAAGCAGAUGGUUGGAGUCAUCAAGAACAAAAUGCAAGCUGCAGGAACUGAUUACUUGGAUAUUGAAUGCAAGGACCUCACCACUCGAUAUGCCAACGACGUGAUCGCCUCCUGCGCCUUCGGGGUAAAAGUCGACUCCCACACUGAAGAAAACAACGAGUUCUACACCAACGGCCUCGCGACUGCCCUGGCACCCUUUAGAAGACUGUUAGCGCUGGGUUACUCCACGUUCCCAAGUGUUAUGAAGAAAUUUAACGUGAAGGUGUUCCCGACAGAGUCAAAGACUUUUUUCAAGAAUCUGGUACUAAGAACUAUGAAAGAGAGAGAGAAACACAAUAUCUUUAGACCUGAUAUGAUCCAAUUGCUAAUGGAAGCUAAAAAAGGUAAACUAACGCAUGACGAGAAAGCUAGCACCGAAACUGACAUAGGUUUUGCUGCUGUGGAAGAAUCUGAUAUCGGAAAAAGGAAAGUUAACGCAGUGUGGACAGACGACGACCUGGUGGCACAAGCGGUAGUAUUCUUCCUCGCCGGCUUUGAAACCAUCUCCACAACUAUGUCCUUCAUCCUUCACGAGUUGGCUAUGAACCCUGAUGUCCAGGAGAAACUGUACGCUGAGAUAAUGGAGAACGAAGCCAGGACCAGUGGCAAAUUCGAUUACAACGCCGUCCAAAACCUGACAUACUUGGACUGCGUUAUAACAGAGACAUUGCGGUUGUGGCCUCCCCUGGUCGCACUGGAUAGGCUCUGUGUCAAAGAUUACAACCUUGGAAGAGCCAACAGGAAAUGCAAGAAAGAUUUCAUAAUACGCAAAGGCGAGAGCGUGGCGAUCUCAGUGUACUCUAUCCACCACGACCCGAAGUACUUCCCGGAGCCCUACAAGUUCGACCCUGACCGCUUCUCCGAAGAGAACAAGCACAACAUCAAACCGAUGACUUACAUGCCCUUCGGAGUUGGACCUAGGAAUUGCAUUGGAGCAAGGUUCGCCCUUUGCGAGCUCAAGGUCAUGAUCUACCAAGUCCUGCAACACUUUGAGGUCAAAGUCUGCGAAAAGACUAUGAUCCCGGCGAGGCUUGACACCACAACCCUCAGCAUGGGCAUCCACGGCGGACAUUGGGUCAGAUUUAAACUUAGACACUAGGCCGAGUCAAAAAGGGAGCAGAUCUUGGACAAUUACGGCAUUCUAUAGUUCUGAAAGGUUUAUGUAUUAAUAAAUCAUUUGCUAUAAUUGGGAAUAUAAUAUCAAGGGUUGAAAGGCUGAUUGAUUUAAGAGAUAUUUCUUCGAAAAAAUGUAACUAGAUAAAAAGAACAUGAAAAAAGUACUGAUUUUAAAUAAGUAAGAAAUUUGGUAGCAUAAAAUGUCACCUCUCACCUGUCAAUAUGAUAUCAUUGUAAUAUAUACAAAUAAAAUUAGAGUGAUGUGGAGGUCGUUUUUAUAUAUCCUUGUAACACA